AUGGAGAGCCAGAAACUGCCACCAUAUGGAGCGGCAUUGAUUAUGAUUACGUUGUUCAAGCUUGCAUCAGGUCAAGGUUUGGAGUUGAGGGCUGCUAGGCUACGUACCAGUACUGUGUACAAAGUUUAUUACCUGACUGGACAAAGUACAUCACAGAUUGGACUACUGUAUUUACCAUCAUGCUUGGCUACUGGUGCAACUGGUUCACUUAUUCAACUGACUAACACUAACACUGGUGUGGUUGUUGGUGAGCAUAACCAACCAUUUGCUCAGAGUGGCACCCUUGGUGUUACACCUGCUGGAUGGGACACUUCCCAACACCCCGUUCUCAACCCAAACUACACUGGACUGUACAGAUGUACAUCGGAUAUAACGGGUCAUAUGACAGCACCACAGACCUAUCAACUGCAUGUCGUAGUUCCACCCACGAAGCCGGUACUUCAAACUCCAGUGUCAGUGUACAACGACACUGUACACAACAUCAACUGUACCAGUCGAGGAUACCCAGAACCUACAGUGACACUAAUGGUCAACAAUGUCGUAUUGCCAGGCAGUGAUACAACCAAUUGUACUGCUGGUGUGUGUACAAAGACACGAACAGCAUCACUAGAAGGUAGUACCUACACACCUGGCCAGUACAUCAAUAUCACCUGUACUGUGGAUAUCAACCAACCACCAUUCACAUGUACUACUGCUCAGACUUCAGCAGUACAAGCACAGUGUAAUGCUUCUGUCAAGACCAACUCGAAGAUAGGAACAGUUCUAGUGGUUGCACAAUGUCCAGCUAUCAAUGCUUUUGAACUCAAUUACAAACCCAUUGCCACUACCAGCACACGACCAGAUACCAAUGUACCUAUUGAGUGUAAAGUGGGAUAUUUGUCUGACAAUGGCACGGCAAUCACCAAUACUACAUGUCAGAACAUUGGAGUAUGGCAACCAAGUCUACCACUAUGUGAAAGUAAGGCUGUGCACCGUCUGCGCCAGGAAUGGUAG